AUGGUCAAGGCCGCUGUUCUCGGAGCCUCUGGUGGCAUUGGACAGCCCCUCUCCCUUCUACUCAAGACAUCUCCUCUCAUUGAUGAGCUCGCCCUCUACGAUGUUGUCAACACACCCGGCGUGGCUGCCGACCUGUCUCACAUCUCCUCCGUUGCUAAAAUCUCCGGAUACCUUCCCAAGGACGAUGGUUUGAAGAACGCCCUGACCGGUACCGAUAUUGUCGUGAUCCCUGCCGGAAUCCCCCGCAAGCCUGGCAUGACCCGUGAUGACCUUUUCAAGAUCAAUGCUGGCAUUGUCCGUGAUCUGGUCAAGGGUAUUGCCGAAUUCAGCCCCAAAGCUUUCAUCCUCAUCAUCUCCAACCCCGUUAACUCCACCGUCCCCAUCGCCGCCGAGGUCCUCAAAGCCGCUGGAGUCUUCGAUCCCCAGCGUCUGUUCGGUGUCACUACGUUGGACGUUGUUCGCGCAGAGACUUUUACCCAGGAGUUCUCUGGACAGAAGGACCCCUCGACAGUGACAAUCCCUGUUGUUGGAGGACACUCUGGCGAGACCAUUGUCCCUCUCUUCAGCAAAGCUUCUCCCGCGUUCCAGGUCCCUGGGGACAAAUACGCCGCUCUUGUUAACCGUGGGUAA